UUCAGCGGAGGUCUGAGCCUGCCAUCUUAGGUCCUGUGGUCCCCAGGCGUCCGUUGGGGACAUUUGUGCUGGUGGCGGAGACCGAGUCGCAGGACGCUCCCAGACCCAUCAUGGGGUUGGUGUCCUUUGAGGACGUAGCUGUGGACUUCACCUGGGAGGAGUGGCAGGACCUGAGUGUUGCCCAGAGGACCCUGUACCGGGACGUGAUGCUGGAGACCUACAGCAGCCUGGUGUUCCUGGGUUUGUGCACUGCCAAACCUAAGUUGAUCUUCAAUUUGGAGCGUGGAUUUGGGCCAUGGAGCCUAGCAGAAGCUUCAAGCAGGAGCCUCCCAGGUGUUCAUAACAUGAAUACUCUGAUUGACACCAGCAAGAAAAUUCCUAAGACAUGUUUGCGGCCACACAGAAAAACUAACCAAAAGACACUAAAUGAAGACAUGAUUAAAGCAGAACUAAGGGCUCAACAGGAAGUCUCCGAAGGGACAACAUCCUGUCAUAGAAGAGCCCCUGUAAAAUCUUUGUGCCGCAAUUUACAGAAAACCAAGAAUCAGAUAUCGUACAAUGAUGGGAAUCUCUAUGAAUGUAAGGACUGCGAGAAAGUUUUCUGUAAUAGUUCAACCCUGAUUAAGCAUUACAGAAGAACUCAUAAUGUGUACAAGCCCUAUGAGUGUGAUGAAUGCAGUAAAAUGUACUAUUGGAGGUCAGACCUUACGGCUCAUCAGAAAACUCACAGACAAAAGAAGAGGACCUAUGAGUGUAGAGAAUGUCGGAAGGCUUUCUUCCGCAAGUCUCACCUCAAUGCACAUGAAAGAACCCAUUCAGGCGAGAAGCCUUACGAAUGCACAGAAUGCGGGAAAGCUUUCUUUUACAAGUCUGAUCUUAAUCGACAUAAGAAGACUCAUUUGGGUGAAAAACCUUUUAAAUGUGAAGAGUGCAAGAAAGCUUUUUCUCGAAAGUCCAAACUCGCUAUACAUCAGAAGACUCAUACGGGCGAGAAACCAUAUGAAUGUUCAGAUUGCAAGAAAGCUUUCUCCCAUAAGUCACAACUUACUGCACAUCGGAUUGCUCAUUCAUCUGAGAAUCCUUAUGAAUGUAAAGAAUGCAAUAAAUCUUUCCACUGGAAGUGUCAACUCACAGCACAUCAGAAAAGGCACGCCGGUCUGUGUCUUCUUGGGGAGUGGGUACCGGUUACCAUUCUGUUGCCAUGACCACAAGCAAUGUUGAACAACGUUUCUUCCAUCUUUCGGUCCUGGAAGGAUAAGGGUCUACCAUGUUGGAGAGACGUGUACGGUUGCAAGUGCAGGAACAGGAAGCUGAGAGAGCACCCUUCAGCUGCACACAGGAAGCAGGGUGAGCAUGUGGUGAUAGGCGAUGUCCUUAAAGCCUGACUGCCGUGUGUGUGUUUUCUCUCGUAAGGCUGAAUCUCUCGUGGUUCUAUAACCUCCUCUAGACAGUACCACCAGCUGGGGCCCAGGGUUCAAUGUUUGUGUUUAUGGGGACAUCUCUUACUCAAACCACCAAACAGGUUUUGUGGUGAUCCAUUCCUUACUCUUCAAUGGGACAGGAAGGAGCCACUUAGGGACCUACAUCUCAGACUAGAAAGUAUUUUAAUUAUUUAUUUGUUUAUUUAUUUAUUUUUAUUUCAUGUGUAUGAACCAGCAUGGAUAUCUGUGGACCACAUGUGUACAUCGCUGUCAGAGACCAGCAAAAAGGUAUUGGAUUUAGAAUUGAAAUUAUAGACAGUUGUUAGCUGUCAUGUGGGUGCUGGAAAUAGAACUCCCAUCCUCCAGAAAAACAUUUGUUCUUUUAACCAUUGAGCCAGUUCUAUUUUUGCUUUCUGAAACAGGGCCUUGUGUAGCAUGUACGACCCUGGAACAAGCCAUGUGGCUGAGGAUGGCUUUGAAUUCAUUCUCCUGCCUUAACUUCCCAAUAGAGAUCAUGAUUAUCAAAAGGCUUUGUGGCCAUUGACAAUAGGGGCCGUAGCUAUUCAAACUGCCACAUUCUACUUCCUUCCCCCAUAGGCUUGUAACCAUAACAUAAUGCAAAAUGCAUUUAGUCCAACUUCAA